AUGCGGCGCAGCAGACUGCAAGCCAUAUGUAACAUGACCUGGGGAGCACGGUACUCCACUGCUCCACGUCCCACUAAUGAGAGGGCAAGGGUCAGCGGGUACCAGUCUGCUCGCACAGACCCUCCACCAGCGGCCAAAGCAAGGGGAGAGAAACUAAAUCUGCUAUUGGCUCAUGAAUCUGCUAUUGGUGUUUAUGAAGUUGAAGGGGAAUUCAUGUUCGAGGCUCUUGUUGGUUUUUCCUCUUCGUCCCAGUUAAAAUAG